UCAACACACAGGCACCUCACUCCCUGUCAAAGCUUAUUCGAGGAGCACGAUUACACACACUUCAUAUAUCAGUCUGAGCUUUGAGUCUUCCUAGUCUCGAGCUGUAGAUAUGCCAUAUUCAGUGUCCAGUGGAGGUGCGAACGCCGUCCAGGCCGUGUCAACGCAGUCGGACGGAAAGACGUUUCAGCAGCUGAGGCAAGAAUGUCUGCAGAAGAAGAAGUUGUUUGAGGACCCCGAUUUCCCUGCCUGCGACGCAUCUCUGUUUUACAGCGAACGCGUUCCCAUCAACUUUGAAUGGAAAAGACCAGGGGAACUCUGCAGUGACCCUAAGUUCAUCGUUGAUGGAGCAUCAAGGACAGACAUUUGCCAAGGACAACUAGGGGACUGCUGGCUACUAGCGGCCAUCGCCUCACUGACCCUACAUGAGCAGACGUUGGCCAGGGUGGUGCCCCAUGACCAGGACUUUGGGCCCACAUACGCUGGCAUCUUCCACUUCCAGUUCUGGCAGCACAACCAGUGGCUGGACGUGGUGGUGGAUGACAGGCUGCCGGCCGUGAGGAACCGCCUGGUGAUGGUCCAUUCCGUCUCCAACGACGAGUUCUGGAGUGCUCUGCUGGAGAAGGCUUAUGCCAAGAUGAAUGGGAGCUAUGAGUCCCUGAAAGGAGGCACGACCCUGGAGGCCAUGGAGGACUUCACAGGAGGCGUGGGGGAGAUGUACGAGACCAAGACAGCUCCAGCCGACCUCUUCAACAUUCUUAAGAAGGCCCACGAAAGAGGAUCCAUGCUGGGCUGCUCCAUCGACAUCACCAGCUCUGCCGAGUCCGAGGCCCAGACAGCCAGUGGACUGGUGAAGGGGCACGCCUACUCCGUUACGGAGCUUGAGGAGGUAAAGUACAGAGGAGGGAAGGUCCAGUUGAUCCGAGUGAGGAACCCGUGGGGGCAGGUGGAAUGGAACGGUCCCUGGAGUGACAAUUCAAGAGAGUGGGAUCUGGUUGAUAAAGCUGAGAAAAAUCGUAUCCUACAGAAUUCCCUAGAGGACGGAGAAUUCUGGAUGGAGUUCAAUGACUUCAAGGCCAACUACGACAAGGUGGAGAUCUGCAACCUGAGCCCGGACUCGCUGACUGAAGACACCAAGCACAAGUGGGCCGUCAACAUAUUCGAGGGCAACUGGAUCCGAGGCUCCACUGCCGGUGGCUGCAGGAACUUCAUAGAUACAUUUUGGACCAACCCCCAGUUUAAGCUGACCCUGGAGGACACCGAUGAUGACGAUGAUGACCUGUGCAGCGUGGUCAUCGCCCUGAUGCAGAAGAACCGGCGCAAGCUGAGAAAAGAGGGCCUGGACAUGGAGACGAUCGGCUUUGCCGUGUAUCAGGCUCCAGACGACGUCGACCAUCUGGGCAAGGACUUCUUCCGCUACAACGGCUCCAAGGCCCGCAGCAGGACCUACAUCAACAUGAGGGAGGUGUCCGAGCGCUUCACUCUACCCCCAGGGAACUACCUACUGGUGCCCACCACCUUCCAGCCCCACCACGAAGCUGACUUCCUCAUCCGGAUCUACUCAGAGAAAAAGGCCCAAGCCCUAGAAAUGGGGAGCACCAUCAAGGCUGACCUACCAGACCCGCCCAUGCCCAGCCUACCAGAGGACGAGUCAGAUGAGGAGAAGGGACUAAGGAGGCUGUUUGAGAAGAUUGCUGGCUCAGACCAGGCCAUCUCUGCCAGGGAGCUACAGCAGGUGUUGAAUGGGGUGCUGAGCAGGAGAAAAGAAAUCAAGUUUGAUGGCUUGAGUCUCAGCACCUGCCACAGCAUCAUCAACCUGAUGGAUGUAGAUAAUACAGGACAGCUGGAGUUCCAAGAGUUUAAAAUCUUCUGGGAAAAGAUGAAGAAAUGGAUUAUGCUCUUCCUGUCGUACGACACAGAUCGUUCAGGAAAGAUGUCUUCGUAUGAGCUCCGCAUCGCCCUCAAAGCUGCAGGCAUGCAGCUGAACUCCAAACUAUUGCAGCUGCUGGGUCUGAGGUUUGCAGACGACAAUUACGACAUCGACUUUGACGACUACCUGACCUGCAUCGUCCGUCUGGAGAACAUGUUCAGAGUGUUCCAAGCACUGGACAAAAAUAAGGAGGGCGUAGUGAACAUGAACAUGCUACAGUUCCUCUUGCUUUCCAUGAAUGUCUGAAGACCAAACCAUGAAACCAAGAAGCCUCCAUGAAGAACAAAAGAAAAACUAGCUGGUCUAAAGACGGCAAGGUUAUUAUUUUUUUUACUAGGCCUUACUUUCACUUAACAGUCCUUCCCCCUAGUGUGCAUUCUUUUAAAUUCUUUAACACCUUUGUUUCCUUCCCCCAAACACAUAAAACCAUAAAACGUCAUUAAGUACAAUUAUUUUUAUUUUAACCAUUUUUACAAACAAUGUCACAGAAGGCUUUACAGAUGCCCAUAGAUUCUCGCAAACCUUUUUGUAAGGGUUUUUAACCAUCUUAAAAUCCUAAAGGAAAACUCCCUGAAACUUACUGUUGUGACACAUAUUCAUAUCAUUAGAAGCAACUAAGGGAAUUAACAAUGUUUUUACUGUCAUUGAAGUUACAUUAUGACUAAUUAAUCCAUAAAAAAAAUUAUUCUGGUGGUUAUACUUUUUCAGUAUUCAUCCAAUAAAUGUAUUAUACAUUGCACAAAAUAA